CAAAAGGCGUUCCGUAUUUGAACAGAGAACAAAACGAGCUUGUUUCCAAGGUUACAUACAGACACGGAAAUGUCAGUCCGUCAGUGUCAAUGCGACUGUUUACAGAAAUCCUAGAAUAAAAACAGUUUCAAUAAGCUUUAAAAAGAAAAGCUAAAAUGGACAAUUGUGAUUUGGAGAAGCUUGCAAUUUCGGGACAGACGUUGCAGCCUGCGUUCAAAGCAGAUGUAACUACUUAUAAAGUUACUGUUGCAAGCGAUGUCGACCAGGUUACAUUGGACCUGCUCACAAGUGACUGCGGAGCCAGUUAUAAAAUCCUUUGUGGUGAUGGCUCAAAGUCCAUCAAACUGAAUGAUGGAUUGAAUUUGGUUGAAAUAGAGGUGGGAGCCGAGGAUGGCACCUCCAAAAAAUAUUGCAUUGAGGUCACCAAACUGUCUGCUAGGACUGCAGAGUUGAGUGAUCUUACAAUUGAAGGAAAUGUUCAAUUACAACCUACAUUUUCUGCAAACAUCUAUGAUUACUCAAGCACAGUUCCUUUCUACUGUAAUUCGGUGACCAUACUGCCCAAAGUUCCUGAUAAAAACAUGAAAGUUUCAGUGAAUGAAGAAAGUGAUUCUCAACCUUCUCCAUUGACCGUUGGAGAAACUGUCGUCAGUAUCAAGGUCUUGUCAGCAGAUGGCAGCAAUUCUCAGAUGUACUAUGUGUUGGUGAUGCGAGAGCAGAUUCCCAUGGCUGUGUCUUUCAGUGAUGUGAAAGAGCAGGUCUCCUAUGAGUGCCCUGUCACUCUGACGGCCCUCUACAGACCCAUAUCCAUCAACCAGAGUGAUCCACAGCACCUGUUCUCAGCCCCCUACAUUGACAUGCUGGCGAGAAGGUCGAAGGUCGACCCGCUAAACGAGUGUCCCCUCGGAGACAGCUGGAAGGUUCUGGAACACGACCUGGAUAAGACCAUGUCUUCUGCGCUGGUCAAGUGCUUCUUUGCAUACCGAGGAUGUGAGAGUGUGGGGAAACUGGCUGAAGUGGGGUCACAUGCACUGGAGUGUCCACACAAACCCUCAACGGACCUGGACCCAAAGGACGUCACUGAGACGAGCUGGUACAAGAAGCAUUUUGCUGCAUCCUCGACCUGCUUGGAGAUAGAAACCAAACACACUUUGGAGGUGCGUAACUGGGAGAAGAGACUACAAAAGGCAAUAGGACAGGAUAGUGUCGAUAAUCUGUGUUCCCUGGCCCAGGACAAUCUGAAACUCUACAGAGAGCGUCUGCCCAAACCAGGUGACCUGCUGCAGUAUGAGGUUGGUCAGUCUCCUCUGGACUGUCUGGAGCAGGCUGCUGUCUAUUAUGCCUCAGCCAUCAAGCUGAAGCCCCGAGAACCCAGACUCCACUUCCUCCUGGGGCUGGCCCUGGAGGAGCAACACUAUGCAGCAGAGAUGUACGGCCUGAGGAGGAAAUCUGAUGGGGACGUUGAGGACCUGAGCAGUGCCAAGUCCACGGCGCGUCAGGAUGACAUCCUGGCUGUGUGUAAGCUGCAUGGCUUCCCUGGCACGCCUACCAUGGAGAACCAGCUCCAGGCCCUGGACACAGAGUACCACCAGCUGAAAGAGCAGGGCCAGUCAGGCAAAGCAGACUACAUUCAGACCCUGUUCAUCUUCCUCUCCAAGAAGGCAGGCAAGGAUGGCAGUGCGGGCGUGGGGGACGAAGAGAGCUGUAUCCACCGGGCCCUUCUGAAGUACCUGGAUGCCUGGUCGCUGAACCAGGACUUCUGGGAGUACAACCUCCACGUGGGGCGUAUGCUGCUGUUGCAGAAGAGGAACAAGGAGGCACUGCAGCACCUGCAGACCGGACUGGCCCUGCGGCCCUCACAGCCAGCACUUAGGUUCUUCACAGGUCUGGCUCUACUGCUACAGGAGGAAGCCUCAGAGGCUGUGGAGAAGGAGGCAGCCCUGUUUUUACAACAAGGCCUGGAGCAUGUUAUAGCACAGUCCUGCAACAUGGAGAACAUCUACAGUGGUUUGGAGCCGAGCGUGACAGACCCUCUGUCCAGUGUGAGAACACAGUUCCUGCGUGGCUGCCUCACCCUAGGUGCCCUCCAACAGAAGAACACUCUCUCUCAGAAGCCAAUGAGCUCAGAGCAGGUCUAUCACACUGUUGUGGUGCUGGCAGCCCGCGGUGUGUGUCGGUGCGUGUGUCGGGACGAGGUGGCCCAGCAGCUGGAGUGGGUGUUGCUAGAUGCCCACUUUGCCCUCCUCCAGAGCCUCAUUCAGCAAAAGAAGGCUGCUGGGUUGACUCAGGGUCAGGGCAAACAGGGAAAGACAGAGAGACAGGCCUGGGUGGCCAAGAGGUGUCAGGCUCUCACAGGUCUGAUCCGCCUCACCUCCAUCCCCGCCUGCAGGGAGCUGAUGGACAUGCAGGAGAAGGUCUGCCAGGUUGCCGUGGUAACGACUCCUCGUGACAGCCACGCGCUGUGUCUCCUGGGGCUGGCCCAGCUGGCUCAGUGUGACAACGACCACGGCUCCCAGAGGUUAGAAGGAGCCAUUGCCAACGCCUGCCUCAGCUUCCAGGCAAGCAUCGAACUGGAGGACAAGCCUCAGAGCGGAGAGCCACCCACACAGCUCACCAAGCAGCAGUGGUGGCAGGACAGGCUGGCAGCAGACAAGGAGAAGGCAGUCAAGGGGACAGCCAGCCAGGGAGCGGGUGGGGGUGGCUCUGGGCCUCCUGACACUGCAGUGGCUGCCGGGAGAGGGUGUGGGCGUGGCAUGGGAGGUCCUGCUAGAGGGGGUACUGCGGCUGCAGCCAAGACCCCCACGAGAGGAGGCAAGACUGCCCCUCCAGCCAAAAACACCCCCUCUACUGCCCCUCCAGCCAAAAACACUCCCUCUACUGCCUCUCCAGCCAAACACACCCCCUCUACUGCCCUUCCAGCCACCGUGUCUCCAUCCAGCAGGGGGCAAGUUGGAGCAGCCAAAACUCCUGGCCCUGCCAAGCCCAGCAGCUCCAAGACCCAGCUCAUCUCCCCCAGCAAGUCUAAACCAGACUGCUCCCCAAGCCCAGCCAAACCUGGGCCCACAGAAGAGUCAGCUGUGGCAGAGAGUAGCAACGUUCUCCCCAAAGCUCUGUUGAACCGUCGAUCCCAUGCCCCUCGUCUCGGCUUGGCCCGUGCCCUCUCCCGCUCCGCAGACAGCCACGACCAGGCACACCAGCUCUACCAGGAGGUCAUCACCAUGGCACCAGAGGUCCACGAUGCGUACAUUGAGCUGGCAGAGAUGCUGGGGCAGUCCGACCCCCUGGCUGCUGUAGAGGUGUACUGUCGGUUCCCCCUGAAGCCCGUCUCAGAGCAGAACUUUGACGACGCCUUCAUCACCGGAGAGAUCGUACGCAUCCUGAUGAAACAAGGCCUCUACGAGCACCCAGAGCUGAGACACAACCUCAUCGCCUACGGGAAAGUAAUGGGCCUGGGUUGCCUUGAGAAAUACAUCAACAUCCUCGAAGGGAAGUUCAUGAGCAGCCUUCUGAAGAGAGUGUAUGCUGGGAUCCAUGACAAAUCAGUGGAAGACAAGGAUCUGCAGGAUUUCUUCAAGUUCAAGUGCUGGAUAUGAACUUUCCUUUCAUAAAGAGACUGGCUGUUUAUUCCUUGAUCAAAGUAUGAAUGUAUGAUCUUUAGACCAAUCGGCUAGUCGCAUCAUCUUUAGACCAAUCGGCUAGUCACAUCAUCUUUAGACCAAUCGGCUAGUCACAUCAUCUUUAGACCAAUCGGCUAGUCACAUCAUCUUUAGACCAAUCGGCUAGUCACAUCAUCUUUAGACCAAUCGGCUAGUCACAUCAUCUUUAGACCAAUCGGCUAGUCACAUCAUCUUUAGACCAAUAGGCUAGUCACAUCAUCUUUAGACCAAUCGGCUAGUCACAUCAUCUUUAGACCAAUAGGCUAGUCACAUCAUUUUUAGACCAAUAGGCUAGUCACAUCAUCUUUAGACCAAUAGGCUAGUCACAUCAUCUUUAGACCAAUCGGCUAGUCACAUCAUCUUUAGACCAAUCGGCUAGUCGCAUCAUCUUUAGACCAAUCGGCUAGUCGCAUCAUCUUUAGACCAAUCGGCUAGUCGCAUCAUCUUUAGACCAAUCGGCUAGUCGCAUCAUCUUUAGACCAAUCGGCUAGUCGCAUCAUCUUUAGACCAAUCGGCUAGUCGCAUCAUCUUUAGACCAAUCGGCUAGUCGCAUCAUCUUUAGACCAAUCGGCUAGUCGCAUCAUCUUUAGACCAAUCGGCUAGUCGCAUCAUCUUUAGACCAAUCGGCUAGUCGCAUCAUCUUUAGACCAAUCGGCUAGUCGCAUCAUCUUUAGACCAAUCGGCUAGUCGCAUCAUCUUUAGACCAAUCGGCUAGUCGCAUCAUCUUUAGACCAAUCGGCUAGUCGCAUCAUCUUUAGACCAAUCGGCUAGUCGCAUCAUCUUUAGACCAAUCGGCUAGUCGCAUCAUCUUUAGACCAAUCGGCUAGUCGCAUCAUCUUUAGACCAAUCGGCUAGUCGCAUCAUCUUUAGACCAAUCGGCUAGUCGCAUCAUCUUUAGACCAAUCGGCUAGUCGCAUCAUCUUUAGACCAAUCGGCUAGUCGCAUCAUCUUUAGACCAAUCGGCUAGUCGCAUCAUCUUUAGACCAAUCGGCUAGUCUCAUCAUCUUUAGACCAAUCGGCUAGUCGCAUCAUCUUUAGACCAAUCGGCUAGUCGCAUCAUCUUUAGACCAAUCGCCUAUCAUCUUUAGACCAAUCGGCUAGUCACAUCAUCAAACAUCAAAUCAAACACGAUCUGUUUUAUAACAGUCACAGUAAUAACAGCAGUAGACUGUUAUAUAACAGUCACAGUAAUAACAGCAGUAGACUGUUAUAUAACAGUCACAGUAAUAACAGCAGUAGACUGUUUUAUAACAGUCACAGUAAUAACAGCAGUAGACUGUUAUAUAACAGUCACAGUGAGGAGAGCAGUAGGUAAAACUGGAGGCAUGAGUCAAUGAAACAUCCUGUCUAGCAGCAGAAUAUAGUUAGUUAGCUAAGCAGUUUGUUCAGAGUACAACAUUCUGCCAUUAGAAACAUAGGCUACGCAUGGGAAUGAACAGGAGACAGGAUGAGGGGACAGGAUGAGGAGACAGGAUGAGGAGACAGGAUGAAGGGACAGGAUGAAGGGACAGGAUGAGGAGACAGGAU